CUGGCAAAGUUGUGCUGCUUCUAGUGUGGACAGCACGUGUAGUGCGAACGGAUGAGGCCAAGUGCCCUGAACACGUGAAUUUCGAUUGUUUGCUCCAAUAAUUCACUAAUAACAGAUCAACUAAUAGACUGGACGAUAGCAUAAGUUGCAGGACUUCAAAUUCUACAUUUGAGUAUUUAUUUGCCGACGUUACUGUUCAGCCAGUGAGCACAACCAUGAAGUACAUCCUGGUGACUGGUGGUGUGAUCUCUGGCAUCGGGAAGGGUAUCAUUGCCAGCAGCGUGGGAACCAUCCUCAAGUCGUGUGGAUUACACGUGACUGCCAUCAAGAUCGACCCUUACAUCAACAUUGAUGCAGGCACCUUCUCCCCCUACGAACAUGGUGAGGUGUUCGUGCUGGAUGACGGUGGAGAGGUUGAUCUGGACCUGGGAAACUACGAGCGCUUCCUGGACAUCCGGCUCACGCGAGACAACAACCUGACAACAGGAAAAAUCUACCAGUCUGUCAUCAAUAAAGAGCGGCGAGGAGACUACCUGGGCAAGACGGUGCAGGUGGUGCCACACAUCACAGAUGCCAUUCAGGAGUGGGUAAUGCGGCAGGCUCGAGUGCCCGUGGACGAUGAUGACGUGGAGCCGCAAGUGUGUGUGAUCGAGCUGGGUGGGACAGUAGGAGACAUUGAGAGCAUGCCUUUCAUCGAAGCCUUCAGGCAGUUCCAGUUCAAAGUGAAGAGGGAGAACUUCUGCAACAUCCACGUCAGCCUCAUCCCACAGCCCAGUGCAACAGGAGAACAGAAGACGAAACCCACUCAGAACAGCGUGAGGGAGCUGAGAGGUCUCGGACUGUCGCCUGACCUGAUCAUGUGUCGGUGUGCCACUCCUUUGGAGAACUCGGUCAAAGAGAAGAUCUCCAUGUUUUGCCAUGUGGAACCCCAACAGGUGAUCUGUGUGCACGACGUCACGUCCAUCUACAGAGUGCCGCUCCUGCUGGAGGACCAGGGAGUGGUCAGCUACUUCUGCCGCAGACUGGACCUGCCCAUUGAGAUGCGGCCCAGGAGGAUGCUGGCCAAAUGGAAGGAGAUGUCCGACAGGUCUGACCGCCUGCUUGAGCACUGUUCCAUUGCCCUGGUUGGGAAGUACACUAAGCUGUCCGACUCCUACGCCUCCGUCAUCAAAGCCCUGGAGCACUCUGCGCUAGCCAUCAGCCACAAACUGGACAUCAAGUAUAUUGACUCUGCGGAUCUGGAGCCUGCUACCCUUCAGGAGGAGCCAGUGAAGUACCAUGAGGCCUGGCAGAAGCUGUGCAGUGCAGAUGGCGUCCUGGUACCUGGGGGCUUCGGCGUACGAGGAACCGAAGGGAAGAUCGAAGCCAUCAGUUGGGCGAGAAAACAGAAGAAGCCAUUCCUAGGUGUGUGUUUAGGUAUGCAGCUGGCGGUAUGUGAGUUUGCCAGAAACACGCUUGGCUGGGCAGAUGCCAACUCUACAGAAUUCGACCCAGAUUCCAAACACCCGGUGGUGAUUGACAUGCCAGAACACAAUCCAGGGCAGAUGGGAGGGACCAUGAGACUCGGAAAAAGGCGCACCAUAUUCAAGACCAAGUCCUCUAUAUUGAGAAAACUGUAUGGCGACGUCGACUUUGUUGAUGAAAGACACCGACAUCGAUUUGAAGUGAACCCAGAGCUUAAACAUCACUUUGAGGAGAAGGGCUUUCACUUUGUAGGCCAGGAUGUGGAGGGAGAGAGGAUGGAAAUUAUUGAAUUAGAUGAUCACCCAUAUUUCGUAGGAGUGCAGUACCAUCCGGAAUUCACCUCCAGACCCAUCAAGCCUUCGCCUCCUUACUUUGGACUUAUGCUCGCUGCUGCAGGGAAACUACACAGCUACCUCCAGAGAGGCUGCCGCCUGUCGCCACGAGACACCUAUAGUGACCGCAGUGGCAGCAGCUCCCCAGACUCCGAGGUUGCCGAACUCAAAUUACCCAGCAUUGCUCAGGACUGACCCACCGGGGGAGAUCAAGGCUGUGGCGAUUUUUUCAGUGAUUCGGAUGCACUGACGGACAGGGAUGGACGCCUUGGGAAACUCGGACCUCAGAUUUUAAAUGCCUUUUUCUUUUUUUCAUUUCCUUUCCUUUUACUUCUCUUGCACAAGUUGUGAUAUCAAACCAUGGUCCUUUUUAUAUUUGUAUAGAUUUGUAACAAUACCUGUUUUUUCAGUUUCUCAUUACUACUAUGGAUUCCAUAAGGCAUCACCCAUGCUUGUUAAACACUAGCUAGACUAGUAACAAACCUGGUCAGAUAUCAGUUGAAUUGUACAUUGUGUGCACUCCGCGUACAUUCAUUGUAUUUAAGUCUAUUCUUUUGUGUGAAAACCGAGAUUAACAAAAGGUCAUACCGACUCUGACUCCGCAGGGAUGAAGUUAUUUAUUUUGGCAUGCAACAGUAUUUUGUGGGCUAAAGUCACAGAGGAUGUCCUCAGGAAUAGCUUUGAUGGGUCACUCAGUUAGUCCCCCCCCUCAACGGUUCCAGGUUUUGUUUUCCUCAGUUACAGAUGACUGGACACAUAAGAGACAGAUUCAGUAGUCUGCUGCAUGUUUCAGACCAUUGACCGUAUAUCUACAGUCAGUGUUUGAGACACAACCUCCACAUGUAUUUAGGGGGUGUGUGCCCUUAAGUACGUUUAUGGAAAUGACGCUUUUGGAAUGCUGAAGGGUAGGCAGACAACAGGAAGUUGAAAUCCCACCUCAUGCUGGUGACUGUUUAGAGCACAGUGGACCUGUCCAGUAAAUCACAGAAGUGCUGCUGCCUCUCAGGUCACCUCUGGAGUGAAGAUGCACAUAAAUGGGAUCAUUAGUGAUCCCUCCUCACUAGGACCAAUAGGCGUAGUUUGCCAUUGCAGUAAACACUCUCCUCAGUAUUUAACUAUUUUCUGAACUAUACCCACAAACAGUUACAUAUUUUCAUUUAGUCAGUCAGCAGCAACAUAUUGCACAUGAGGGCAUUUAGCAGUUCACUGCUGACUAAUUCAGAUGAGCCCCAUGCAUCAAUGUAAUUUGUUUUCCAUGCCUAGCCAUCAUGAGUGGCAUUUAGCUGUGAUGGGGGAAAUGAAUAAAUGUGCAGGUGUUGGGCUAAAA